AUGGCAGACAUCAUGUGGAGGGUUGUGAAAGAAAGGAAACCAGCUGUAAAGAUCCGGGAAGGAACACUGGAGGGGCUGGUGCAGACCCUACUGAUGGCAUUCAGGGACGAUAAGCUUGCCUACACCAGCAUCUUCCUGUCCACAUACCGCACCUUCGCCAGCACGCACACCGUGCUGCAGCUGCUAGACAAGUACGUCUGGUUCUGGGCUGGGGGCCCAUGGUGGCUAGAGUGUAUAGCAGGAGCUGACAACAGCUGGUCCUGGUGGGACCUAUCAAAUUUAGUCUGUUUCCAGUUGUUCAAGAAGGUGAUUCCUCACCACUGCCUGGGCUCCAUCUGGUCCCAGAGGGAUAAGAAACAGAACAAGCACAGUGGUGCCACCAUCCGUGCCACCAUUACCCAGUUCAACGCUGUGGCAGUGUGUGUGGUCAGCACCAUACUGCACCGACAACAGAUCCGCCCGCUUCUCAGGGCACGGGUCAUCAAGCGCUGGAUAGACAUCGCUCAGGAGUGUCGCGUGCUUAAGAACUUCUCCUCUCUUCGUGCCAUUGUGUCUGCACUGCAGUCCAACCCACUCUACAGACUGAAGAGGGCCUGGUCCUGGGUGCCCAAAGACAGCAUGUCUUCAUUUGGGGAGCUAUCAGACAUCUUCCAUCACAAACUCUACCUGACCAGUGAAGAGCUGCUGAUGAGGGAGGGCACCUCUAAGUUUGCCAAUCAGGUAGGCUGUGCUGAGGAGCACCAGAAACACACUCACAAACGAUUCCAGAGGAAAUUAGAAAUGGGUGCCAUGCAGGGGACGAUACCUUACCUGGGCACCUUCCUGACAGACCUGACCAUGUUAGAUACGGCCCGGUCAGACCUAGUAGAGGGGGGGCUAAUCAACUUUGAGAAGAUGCGAAGGGAGUUUGAGGUGAUAGCUCGGAUCAAGCUGCUGCAGUCUGCGUGUAACAGCUACUGUCUUAUUGCCAAUGCUGCCUUCCUGCGCUGGUUCAAGGGCCAGCCUCAACACAGAGAGGAGGAGAGCCAUGCCAUGUCGUGUGACAUUGAAGGAGUGGGAGACAGAAGUAAGACUUUAUGCAAACUUUGCAAGGGCAUUGUCAAGAGACUUAGCCAGCAGUCACACACAAGACGGUUGCUCUCCCUGACGCCCAUGUCCCCCUCCUCUCCCCUGCCCCCUGCCUACAACACCCAGGCUCAGGACGCCUGCAUCAUCAGAGUCAGCCUGGAGCAGGGCAACGGCAACGGCAACCUCUACAAGAGCAUCAUGUUGACGAGUCAGGAUAAGACUCCAGCAGUGAUCUCUAGAGCCGUGGCCAAACACAACCUGGAGAGUGAGCCUGGGGAGGGAUACGAGCUGGUGCAGGUCAUCUCUGACGAAAGAGAACUGGUGAUUCCUGACACCGCUAAUAUGUUUUACGCCAUGAACACCUCUGCAAACUUUGACUUCCUGCUGCGUGUGCGAGGCACGGCGGGGUGGCCUGUCCAGCUGAGGAGUCGCUAUGCCUCCACACUCCCCUGCGCCCAGCAGCGUGCCAGCCUACGCCUCAGCAAGGCAACGGGAGACCGGCUGCCACCCGGCCACACGGUGAGUCAGCUAGAAACCUGGAAGAUCCGUGCUGGAACUCUGGAGCGGCUGGUAGAGACCCUGCUGACGGGGUUCCGGGGCAAUGACCUCACCUACACCAGCAUCUUCCUGUCCACAUACCGCACCUUCGCCAGCACGCACACCGUGCUGCAGUUACUGCUAGACAAGUAUGGAAUUCCAGAGGAUAGUGAAGGACAGACUGAGCAAUGUAGACCCUCUGAAACCAAAGGAACUGUUCGGAUUGCCCUUGCCUCCAUCUUGAGAGCCUGGAUGGGCCAGUAUCGAGAGGACUUCCAGGAGCCUCCAUCCUACCCCUGCCUCCACAGGGUGAUGGCCUACCUACAGAGGGCCCUGCCUGGAUCGGAGCCCAUGCGUAAAGCACAGAGUCUACUGGAGCAGCUGAAGGCUGAGGCCAGUCUGGAUGUAGACUCAGAGGGUGGGUGGAACAGUUUCUCCAGCGGUUUUGACAGCAUACGCUCCUUCGGCCUGUGUGAGGAUGAGGAAGUGGAGAUUGAGGUCCAGGAGGACUUCAUGUCAUUUGAUAUAGAUUUGGUGGCAGAGCAACUGACCUAUAUGGAUGUGUUGUUGUUCAAUAAGGUGAUUCCUCACCACUGCCUGGGCUCCAUCUGGUCCCAGAGGGAUAAGAAACAGAACAAGCACAGUGCUCCCACCAUCCGUGCCACCAUCACCCAGUUCAACGCUGUGGCAGCAUGUGUGGUCAGCACCAUACUGCACCGACGCCAGAUCCACCCGCUUCUCAGGGCACGGGUCAUCAAGCGCUGGAUAGACAUCGCUCAGGAGUGUCGCGUGCUUAAGAACUUCUCCUCGCUGCGUGCCAUUGUGUCUGCACUGCAGUCCAACCCACUCUACAGACUGAAGAGGGCCUGGUCCUGGGUGCCCAAAGACAGCAUGUCUACGUUUGAGGAGCUAUCAGACGUCUUCUCACAUCACAACAACUACCUGACGAGCCGAGAGCUGCUGAUGGGGGGAGGGCACCUCUAAGUUUGUCAAUCAGGUAGGCUGUGCUAAGGAGCACCAGAAACACAGUCCCAAACGAUUCCAGAGGGAAAACGAAAUGCACAGCGUGUUACCAGCGUUCAGUCUUUCACACUGUCAUUUUUGUUCCCUGCAAGGGGAACUCUUCAACUUUGAGAAUAGGUGACAGACUGUUCCAGGGAGUUGACUCCUCAGCAGCCAGUUCCCCGUUGAGUGAAACACAGCCUGGCCCUCCCUGCAUGUACUGUCGCUUGGUCUUCCUGUUGGCCAUGUCCCUUGCCUAAAACACCCAGGCCUCCUGCAUCAUCCUAGUAAGCCUGUGUUAUGCCAUGAACACCUCAGCCAACUUUGACUUCCUGCUGCACUGCUGUACAGUGCUCCAGCCCCCCCCCCCCCCCGAUAUGCUGGGAGACUGACAAGGACCAAACAUGGGGAAUGAGUUCAAGUCAAUGAGGUAGACUCUGAAUUACCUAUUCCCUUGUCCCCAAUCGGACCCCCACCGCUGUGCCCCCCUCCCCCACACCAGUAGCAGACUGUGGCCUUCCUGUCCACUGUGUACCACGUGGGGCUGCACCUCAUUGUGAGCUGUUUGAUAGGAUACUACUUGGUUUUAACAAGAUAUUUCCUUUUUAAUAUUGUCUAGCUGUCCUAUCUCACCUCUAUGGUGUAGUGACACAAAUAGGAUGGGUCUCUGUGAGGCCCGGAUUGCGCUGCCUGACGCAUUGAUUAGCAGUCCUAAUAGAAAUGCAUUUCUUAGUGUUUGGGUGACUUCGGGAGGUGGGAAGUAGAUGGAAUGAGUGACCUAAUCUUAAACUCUUUUCACCUCAGAUCAAAAUGGAGUAUCAUUUAGUUUCUCUUAGAUUUUUUUUUUUUUUUACAGGGCAGAAAACCGUGUCACACACAAUGAACAAAUCAUUAGGAACACCUCUUUCCAUGACACUGACCAGGUGAAGGCUAUGAUCCCUUAUUGAUGUCACCUGUUAAAUCCACUUCAAUCAGUGUCGAUGAAGGGGAGGACACAGGUUAAAGAUAUUUAAGCCUUGCAAUAAUUGAGAGAUGGAUUAUGUGUUUGCCACUCCGAGGGUGAAUGGGCAAGACACAAAAAGAUUUAAGUGCCUUUUGAAUGGGCUAUGGUAGUAGGUGCCAGGCACACCGGUUUGAGUGUCAAAAACAUCCCUGUGGUACACUUUCAACAGAGGGCAAAAUGGGGUGCAACGCAAUAUUAGGAAAGUGUUCCUCAUGUUUUGUACACCAGUGUAUGUCAAUCAAACUUGUAGAGGGUGACUGAGGACAAUGUUUUUAAAUUGUAUGUUAAUUCCGAUUCUGUUCAGCCUCUCAACGUGGCUGAAUGUGGCCGUGGGUCAGCAUUUUAGAGCCCUUUUCUUGGUGUCACUUUUUUUAAUUUUAAAGUUCAUUUCUUACAAUUGUAGCUACACAUUUUUCCAUGGAGCUUUGAGAAAAUGUUGCGGUUUGAAAGUUUAUAAACGGCGUCUGUACAUUCAGCACUUUUGUUUUCAAGGAUUUAUACCAGAACUGGUGCUUGUUAAAAAAAAUGUUGUUGCAAUUUAUAAGUUGAUGAUAAUUUUGUGAAGAGAAACAACUUUGUGCCGAAAGAGGAACUAUGUUUCUGGUUUCAUUUUAACCAAGUGAGUUUGGCGUGAUACAGCCUCAUUAUCUACAUGAGUGCCUCCCACCAGGGGGUAAGGAAUAGUACGUUUCAUUUCAAACUUUGAGCAGUGAAAAUCUGCGUAGCAGGCAAAAAAGAAACCGCCCAUUUUGACAAAUACGACAUUUACGUAUUGAGUUGUACUCCAUUUGCAGGAACUGUAAUGUGUGCCGAACCUCUUACAGGAUGUUCAGUUGGAAAUGUACUGUGCAGAACAGACUGUCAUUCAGAAUAGACAUGUCCGUUCUUACAUUACUUUUCUAUCUACAACAUUCUGAACAGCCAGCUCCCUGUGCACCGAGCCUCACCCAAACAAACACUCACCCCCAAUAGUUUGUCACAGUCGAUAUGAAUUACAUUUUCACACUAGCCCACACUGACACUAAUUCAGUUCCUCCUGUGCCGAGGCCUCUACACACUGACACUAAUUCAGUUCCUCCUGUGCCGAGGCCUCUACACACUGACACUAAUUCAGUUCCUCCUGUGCCGAGGCCUCUACACACUGACACCCACCCCCCUUUUAACGGAAUCCCACGGAUACCGGCUCUCCCACACUGCCUAACCAGCAUUAACACCUCCACCUGUCUAACCCACACAGUGAAAACCGGUCCCUACCAUAUACACUCCUAUGUUUCAUCUAUUCUCUCCAUCACACUGGUUAUUACUAUAACGCUCAUUCUCUAAUACUGACAUUCUGGCCAUCUCACUGAGCAGUGUACUGGACUGUUAUUGGUCAUUCAGUACUAAAUGCUGGGCAAGAUGUACUGUGGUCGAUUCUCCCUGUGUUGAUUCUCAUGCAACACUUGUGAAUUUUCUCUAAUGAACUCAGUUUCUGUGUGUCUUCACUGCCAAAAUUCUCUAUCUAAAUAAAUGAUCAUUACUAUGAUGUUGUUUAUUUGUUCGACCCUUUAACAACUUAUAAGAUUUACGGAGUUGAACGAUACUUCCAAAUAUUAUUCUGGUACAAACAAGUAGUGUAACAAAUGGGUUAUUACAGUGUAAUUACCAUUUAAUUAUCUACUUGGUCAUUUCUUUACCAUAAAAUAAAGUGCUACAAUGAGAAGUCCUGUAAAGCACAAUAGAAUUUGUGGACUUUGAGUUAAAGACAUUUCUACUGACUUCAAUGCAGUUAUGACCUCUCAAAGCUACUGCUCAAGUGCAAUUUCGUUUGAAUGCAGUAUCAAACACUUAUUUUAUUUUAAGGAUUUUACUUUAAAUCUUUUACAAAAGCAUUUUAGGCAAAUCUUUUUAACCUUGAGAAAAUAAACAUUAAUUUUUUUAUUUCACCUUUAUUUAACCAGAUAGUCCAGUUGAGAACAAGUUCUCAUUUACAACUGCGACCUGGCCAAGAUACAGCAAAGCAGUGCGACAAAAACAACGGAGUUACACAUGGGAUAAACGUACAGUCAAUAACACAAUAGAAAAUCUAUAUACAGUGUGUGCAAAUGCAGUAAGAUUAGGGAGGUAGGGCAAUAUAUAAGCCAUAGUGGCGAAAUAAUUACAAUUUAGCGUCAACACUGGAGUGAUAGAUGUGCAAGUAGAUACUGGGUAGCAAAAAGAUAAAUAAUAUUGGGAUGAGGUAGUUGGGUGUUGUAUUUACAUAUUGGCUGUGUACAGGUACAUUGAUCAGUAAGAUGCUCUAACAGCUGAUGCUUAAAGUUCGCGAGGGAGAUCUAGGUCUCCAUCUUCAGUGAUACAUUUUUUUCCAAUUCCGUGCAUUGGCAGCAGAGAACUGGAAGGAAAAGCAGCCGAAGGAAGUGUUGGCUUUGGGGGUAACCAGUGAAAUAUACCUGCUGGAGCGCUUGCUAUGGUUGCUAUGGUAACCAGUGAGCUGAGAAGGUGGGGCUUUACCUAGCGAAGACUUAUAGAUGACCUGGAGCCAGUGGGUUUGGUGACGAGUAUGAAGCGAGGGCCAGCUAACAAGAGCGUACAGGUCGCAGUGGUGGGUAGUGUAUGGGGCUUUGGUGACAAAAAGGAUGGCACGGUGAUAGACUACAUCCAGUUUGCUGAGUAGAGUGUUGGAGGCUAUUUUGUAAAUGACAUCGCCAAAGUCAAGGAUUGGUAGGAUAGUCAGUUUUAUGAGGUUAUGUUUGGCAGCAUGAGUGAAUGAGGCUUUGUUGCGAAAUAGGAAGCCGAUUCUAGAUUUUAUUUUGUAUUGGAGAUGCUUAAUGUGAGUCUGGAAUGAGAGUUUAUGGUCUAACCAGACACCUCGGUAUUUGUAGUUGUCCACAUAUUCUAAGUCAGAACCGUCUUACAAGGACAAGCUACGGCUGGGAAAAUACGUUUUGAACGAUCAUCCAACUUGGAAUUGUAAAUCGGGAUCUCGGGCCUCUUUCUAGUGCUACGACCUGAAAAUCACUGAUGUCAUCAUGAUUCAACCCCCCCGGAGUUCCCAGUUGUCUUGAAAGCACCAUAAAUCCAGAGAAUUGACCAAAUUUGCCCAUGAAGGACCGCCGCGCCACUUUCCUGUUCAAGUGAGCACAGCACAACGAGCCCAAAACUAUCGGCUGAAUAAAUUAUGUAAUAUGCUAGCGAGAUAGUAUUACUUUCUUAGCUACAGUAUAAAUAAGUGUAUGUUGUGUGGUAAGCUGUUAGUAGCCCAUGUGACUCACCCUAAUAAUUUGGUAUAUUUUUUCACCUCUUAAUUCCACCUAGUGUUCUGACUUGGUGCACAUGUAGUCUAUAACCUGUUCUUGAGAAAUAUAAUCAUUGAAUAUUGUAAGAGCUUUCAUUGUCUGCUUAUUUGCCCCCUUUUAUUUAUCCUACGGUUCUGACUUGGUGUACAGGGAGAACACUGUAAGAACGGCCCAUGUACUGAAUUCUGUCGCUAUACAUUUCAAAAGUGCUCAACAAAUAGUUAUAUUGACUACGUCCGUCCUAGCUUGCUCAUUGUCAAUCGAAAUGACGGAUUGCCUCUUAUCCGCUUGUCGUCCCCUUAUGCCAUAGUUUGUGCAUCUCAAUUGUCAGUAGAAACCACAUUUGUUUGCAAGUCAGCCAUACAAAAAAACAAAUGAUAUUUACAUGGGACAAGCCAGCUAUAUUUUAUUAAGUCCGUAAUUGAGGCUGAAUUGUUUCACUACCAGAGAAGGCUCCACUGAUAGCCAGGUGUAGCAGUGGUAUAGUGCAAUUCAGGUAUUGUUAAGUGUUGUAUAGUGCUAUUCAGGUAUUGUUUUGUGUUGUGCAGUGGCUUUGCUGGCAUGCAUUCCACCUUUUUUUGUUUUGCCCCACCAAGAUUUACAUGCAAAAAUCGCCACUGGUAACAAUUAACUCAUUAGGAUUUGGGGCACCACGAGAACGAUUGUUUAGAGUUACCAUCUCCCGAAUUAAACUCUUAAGGUCUUUACCUAUCGCAUCCAUAAAACAGUCAACGUAUUAAUCAUAACCUCGUCUCAUAUCAUUCUGAACAGUCGUAACCUCCUGCAUUUGCAAAAAUCCCAGCCUUCUUAAAUCUCAUCCAUAUCUUAACAAAAAUAUGUUCAUAUUUCAUAUACAACAUUAAGGAUGGAGACUUCAUGCAUGUAGUGUAUAUACUUUUCAAGUUACAGUAUUUCCUUUUAACACUUAAUGACAUUUAGUUUUCUAUUGCUCACCACUGACCAGUUCCAACAUUCUUAUGUUAGAAAUAUUGUUCCAGUAUUCACUUGAGUGCGUUUGAGUUUUGGCGGGGAAAGUAUGUUAACAAAGUACAUUCCUUUGGUUAAUACUGGAGGGGGGAGAGAGUCUUCCCCUUUUAAUUUAUAACUGGGCGUGAGCUGUCAACCUGGCAGCAGCUCCCUCCCAUCUUCUGUCGGUAAGAGAAUGUCUGGUUACUGUCAUCCAUUGCCAAGCUGAUCUGACCCAUUUGGCUCCUCACUGGACAGUCAUGACAGUAAUAUUCUACUGUACUGUAAUUUACAUUUGCACUAUCAAAAUUGAUCCAUCAAAAAUGUUAAAUAAAAUGUCCAUUGUUCCUA